AUGGCCGAAUUUGUACGCGCGCAGAUCUUCGGCACCACCUUCGAGAUCACCAGUCGGUACACCGAUCUGCAGCCCGUUGGUAUGGGAGCUUUCGGUUUGGUUUGCUCUGCCAAAGACCAGCUUACCGGCCAAGCCGUCGCUGUUAAGAAGAUUAUGAAGCCUUUUAGUACUCCUGUGCUCUCCAAACGUACAUACCGCGAGUUGAAACUCCUCAAACAUCUUCGACAUGAGAAUGUCAUUAGCUUGAGCGACAUCUUCAUAUCGCCGUUAGAGGACAUCUAUUUUGUCACGGAGUUGCUCGGAACCGACCUCCACCGUCUCCUUACCUCAAGACCCCUCGAAAAGCAAUUCAUCCAAUACUUCCUAUAUCAAAUAUUGCGCGGCCUUAAAUAUGUCCACUCUGCCGGCGUUGUCCAUAGAGAUCUGAAACCCAGCAACAUUCUCGUUAAUGAGAAUUGUGAUUUAAAAAUAUGCGACUUCGGACUGGCACGUAUUCAAGAUCCCCAGAUGACCGGUUACGUCUCUACUCGCUACUACCGAGCGCCCGAGAUUAUGUUGACCUGGCAGAAAUACGACGUCGAAGUUGACAUGUGGAGUGCUGGUUGUAUCUUUGCAGAAAUGCUCGAGGGCAAACCCCUAUUUCCGGGCAAGGACCAUGUCAAUCAGUUCUCUAUCAUCACCGAGCUUCUAGGAACCCCACCAGAGGAUGUAAUCAAGACGAUAUGCAGCGAGAAUACCCUUCGAUUUGUCCAGUCUCUUCCAAAGAGAGAACGUCAGCCACUAAUUAACAAAUUCAAAAAUGCUGACCCUGCCGCGAUCGAGCUACUGGAGCAGAUGCUUGUGUUCGAUCCGAGGAAGCGCAUAACGGCUGGCCAGGCCCUUGCUCACCCGUAUCUACAACCAUACCACGAUCCGACCGAUGAGCCAAUCGCCGAAGAGAAGUUCGACUGGUCCUUCAACGACGCCGACCUCCCCGUCGAUACGUGGAAAAUCAUGAUGUACUCGGAGAUUCUAGACUACCACAAUGUAGAUCAGGGUGUGGAAGGCGAAAACAGCCAACCACAGCAGCAACAGCAGCAGUAA